CCCCAAACCGAACACGAGUGUGCGCGCGAGAAAUGCAGCGCGAGACACACACCAAGCAGCCCUGAUAAACCCUGUCGAAUCCACGCGCACGGGAAAAAUUAUCGGGAAGAAACCAGCAAACGCUUGAGUAAGGAGCAACAGAAAAGUCCGCCGCCGACGAGGUCAGAGGUAAAAUGGGAGGAAAGCUGAGCAAAAAGAAGAAGGGAUACAAUGUGAACGACGAAAAGGCAAAGGAGAAGGACGAAAAGACAGAGGGAGCGUCGGCGGAGGAGACUGAAGCUCAGAAAGAGAACAAGGAAGAAGCUACUGCUACCACGGAGACCUCCAAUGACACGGCGGCAGCCACACCAGGCGCUGAAAGUAAUUCCACCGCACCCAAGGAAGAAGAGAAAGGGUCUGCCCCUCAGAAGAAGGAAGAGCCUGUGGCUAACGCUAACGCUCCUAAAGCCUCCGAAUCUAAGACCACCGAGGCCGUCAAAGCAGAACCCGCCAAGAGUCCAGAUGCCCCUCCUGCCAAAGCAGAGGAAAAAUCAGCCCCAGCAAAUGAUAAAGAGCCUGCAAAAGAGCCCACCCUUCCCGCUAAAGAUCCCACCCCUCCUGUAGCAACGGAUAGCAAGGCUGACACUGAGUCUAAAAAGACUGAGGCCCCACCCGCAAAAGAAGAGCCAAUCACCACGGAGACAAGCCUUGCCCCCAAUAAGGAGCAAGCAGUGGCUGUGCAAGAUUAACAGAAGGAACAGUGAGCGAUAAGAUUUAUGACAAAAAUACAACAAGAUCAAAUCUAAAUAAUAAAACUAGCCCGCCCAUUUUAAAUUAUAUCAGCGAUUAUAAUAAUAAUAAUAAUAAUAAUGAUAACAGUAUUAAUAACAGUAAUGAUUUGAACAGGCUGGACUUGAUCAUCGUUUUAGUGAUGGACAUGAUCAUUAUGAUCAAGACUGAUAGUUAUGAUAAUAUUGUUAUCUCUUUAAAAUUGAACUUUGAUACAAACACCAGCCCCCAAACUCUCUUUUCUCUCUUUGUCUCUCUCUUCUUAUCUUUCCUUCCACCUCUGUUUAAUGAGGGGUGGAUUAAAAACAUGAUAUCUGUCCAUUGUCACCCUCCGAUUCCCUCCUUUUGAGUGUGAUGUAACGGCAGUGGGUGGAGUUAAUAUAUAUGUGUGUGUGUGUGUGUGUGUGUGCGCGCACGUGUGUGCCAUAAAUAUUAGUAGUCCAAGCUCCCUGAUACACAUUUCAUCUUUGCUGUUUGCGGCUUUCUAUUUGUGAUUGGCAUUGUGUCUUUGCUUUUCACCUGACUAUCUUUGUUUCUCCUUUUCACUUUUUCUCCAUGUUUAUGGAAAAUCAUUGUACAGCACAAUGCAUUACACACAUAACACACACACACAAAUACAGUAUUGUAUGUUUUAACUUAAAGAUGCAGUUAAAGUGUGAAUGUGUGUGUGAAGAUGAAGUGAAUGUUGACUGAAGUUAUGCACAGCGUGACUUUAAGUGUUUAUGUGUGUGAUAUUGGAGUUCUGGUCUUUCUGUACUUUGAAAGCAGCAGUUGUCAUGAUGUCAAAGCGAGAGAAAUAGAGAGCCUAGACCAAACUCACCAAACAGGACACACUUCCCACACACACGUUGUUCUUUCCAUAUACUGAGAGAACAACGUGAGUGUUGUAUGCAUCUGUAUGUGUGAUGAAGCGUGUGUGUAUUUUGCAUGUCAGUGGUUGGCCCUAUUGUUGUGUAUUUUUGGUUGAUGUGGAGAUAAUGUUGCUACAGGUGAUAUUUCAUUUGAGUUAACAAACACACACACAUUAUCUCUCUCUCUCUCUCUUUCCUUUUUUUCUCUUUCUCUCUGUUUCUUUCUCUGUCAUUCCUUUUCUUCCCUAAAUUCCCUGAUAAAAAAUACAUGAAAUAAAGAUCUGAGAUAUAUGUACUUGUAUACAUGAAGCAACAUUAAUAAAAAGAAAGAACCACAGGUUGAAAAUC